AUGUCCGCGCGAACGGAAAUGUCGACAGAUGUGAUCAUCUGGCAUGCGCACGCCGUCCGGAACUACGAGAUCGCCGACAUAUUUUCGACGAGCGAUGAGGUUGCUCGUAUCAUACGAGCGUGCUGUUCGGUCAUGUGGUCCAUGUCGAUGGCAGCCUCAGUCGGCAUGAAAGAUCGCUUUUUCAAGAUGACGAAGCCUGCUACGACUUUCAUGUGCGGCCCUCGCAAAGAUCCAGACGACAUGACGCCAGUUCCUGGUAUGAGCUUGACGUGCCGAGAUAUUUAUCCGGUCACUGUAGAGGGCACGUGCGAGGAGGAUCAUCAGCUCAGAGCUGUAUGGACAAAGCGUUCUGGCGGCCUCUGCACCUGGUCGCCUCAGGAACAGCCAAGACAAGCGGCAUGGUGA